AUAAAAUAGGUAAAAAAAAUCCAGCGCAAAAAAAUCAUCGUAAUUCAAAGCGGUCACCACAUACAUUUUACUCAUAUUUCACAUUCAUAAUACCUACAAUGCAUAUGGAACAGAGAUGUUUAUGAAAAAUUCAGGUGCAAUUCAAAUCAGUCUUAAUAAUUUAAUUUAAUAUAUAUUUGUUCAUUUUAUUAUAAACCUUACUUUUUGUCAUGUUUAUUAUCGUUCCGAAUUCUGCGUACAGUAGAUUAAUAAUUCACCAACAACUGGAAGCGUACAAUAUCCUCAAGCAAGUGACAUCUCCUAGCGUUUUACCUUGACUGCCUGUUGCAAAUCAAAGGAAAAAAUCUCGGCGCUGGUCUUCUGGCAAUAAAAUAAACAUGUGAUGUACGUGCGUUACCUAGUUUUAGAAAACGUGUUAUGGUGCAAUGAAAAUAUGAUAAAACAUUAUGAAGAGAAAAUUUUAUUGCGUAAAGCAAAAAGUAUUCCUGAAAUUCAAUCGAUGGUGACUUCCUUAGACACCGAUGCAGGCAUAUUGUAAGACACCAUCUGAAGGUCCUAGUUUGGGUCUUGUACGUGGCAAUGUAGUCAAACAUGGCCGUACCCUCCUGUGGAAUUUGCUGUAGCACCUACUAACUUUUUGGAAAUUCUUAAAUUAUUAAUGUUUUUAAAGAAAUAUGGAAUAAGGCUGUGUUUACUGCGAUGGCUGGAUGGGCAGGUUUUUCGGAGGAUGAGCUCCGGAGGUUGCAAAAUAAAGAUUCUGUUGUUCCGGCUGUUUCUGGUCGCGUUCGAAAGCCGGUCCCCACUAACCGAAGCCGACAACAGCUGCAGCGUGAACGAGCUCUUCAGGUGGCCGCUCAGCAGGACGCCUCUGGGCCGCUACCAUCAGAGCAGCAACUCGACAAACCUAAAGUUCUGACCCCGAGUCAAACUGAGCCGAAAACCUCAAAAACUGAGGGGACUCCCCAGGCCGAAAACGAGGACACUACGAACGAGUCACAUACUCCCUGCCCUGUCACAGUGGCAAACAGCGACAUGACCCCGAAAGAGCUGGAAAAACAGGAGGUCGAAUUAAGGGAGAAAACGCGACUUGAGUUGCUUCAGCAAGAGCAGAGGAUGAUUGAAGAGAAAAAUAAACGCAAGAAAGCCCUUCUGUCAAAGACCAUUGCUGAAAAGUCCAAACGAACACAGGCUGAGGCUGUCAAACUGAAGCGGAUCCAGAAGGAGCUGCAGGCCCUGGAUGACAUGGUGUCCAAUGACAUCGGGAUUCUGCGUGGACGGAUAGAACAAGCAAGCUGGGAAUACUCUGCAGCGAGAAAACGGUACGAGAAGGCAGAGGCUGAGUUUGUGACCGCAAAGCUGGACCUGCACAAGAAGACGGAGGCCAAGGAGCGGCUGACUGAGCACCUGUACACCAUCAUCCAGCAGAACGAGCAGCGCAAGGCAAGCAAACUGGAAGAGCUGAUGCAGCAGCUGGAGAUGCAGGCUGACGAGGAGCAGCUGGAGCUGGAGAUCCAGGUGGAGAGGCUGCUGCAGGAGGAGGAGCAGGCGACAGGAGCGGCGGCCCGGGCAGAGUGCGCGAGCGAGGCGGGGGAAACCCCUCGCCAUUCAGACGCCGCACCGCCACAGCACUCAGAACAGGAGAACGAUCUGCCCACGCUGCCCGAACGAAGAACAAGUGACCUGAACUGUGAAAGUCAGGAUCCUCCCCCCAGCCAUGAAUGUGCAGGCAGGGAGGUAGCCACCCCUGUCUGAUAAAGCCCCCAUCUACAAAUCUACAAAGACUCAUUCGCUGCUGGACAUGAGCACAUAUUUUAUAAUCAUAAUUCCUGUCCAUGAUCCUGUUUCUUAAGAGUGUUGUAGUGGAACUACAGAAUUUGAAUAUAUAUUCCCAAGUGCUGCAGUCAUUUUGCACUAUAUAUAUAUAUAUAUAUACAUACACACACACACACACACACACUGUAUACUAUAGUUUGUUUUUUAGGAACAAUUUCUAAAAGGGCGUUAAAUAUUCUUGUAUACUUUGUGUCGGGCCGCCCAUGUGCUUCCAUGCAGAAGAGGUUGAUCUAAUGUCAUGGCUGUCUAUCAAGAUUAUGCACAAUGCAGGAAACAUGUCCCCCCUGGCCAGGCAGAAGAUGCACUUGUUUGCAAACAGUACUUCCUCAACAGCACGUAAUUUAAAACAGAGUGUCGUAACAAGCAAAUGGCAUAUGUAUGAGUGUCUUGAUUUCCUUGAUCGGAAAUGUUUUUGAGAGAAAAGGUAAUUUCAUUUACCUCUCAUUACUUUAACAUCCUUGAAAUGUAGUUUGUGUCUCUUUUGGGAUCCUGAGCUUUGGGGAAAUUAUGUUUUUUUUAACGGGCUGCUAAGAUGUUUUAGUUUUUCUUUAAAGUUAUUUAAUUUGUUUUAUGGUUGAAUGUUUUUUUCUUUUUAGUUAGUCUAGGUUACACUACACUGUUUGUUCAUAUCGAUCAUUGUCAUGUAUGUCGUGGUAGCAAUCUGACCGUUAGUUUCAUAUUAUAGGUUGUUAAACGUUACCUUACAAACUUGUCUGCCAUAAAGUUUUGGAUGGUGAAUGGAAAAAUGAAGUUCUGGUACUGAUUUGUAUAAUUAAAUGAUUACUUUUAAUUGUAUUAUUUGUGUAUAAUUUGCUAAUAUAUUGGUUAGUGCAGUAAAACGGUAAAAAUUAAGCAAUUUCGCAUUACGGCGGGUGACAACUCUAUACACAUUGAGUAAUGAAGUAAAACCUUUCUUUCUCUUGUCA